UGUAGGUGUACGCAUCGCAGAGAAAAUGAAGUACAGAAGUCAGAAGAAAAAUAAGUAAAAGAAGUAGUAAGCAGCAGUCGAGUGGCGUGUGUAUUACGAUCGUUAAAACGCUUAUACGCUUAGCCGGCUAGGGGUGCGACCAAUUGCUAGACUUUUCGAGUGCUUUUCAUAUUUGUACCAGCUCUCCGGGGGUUAGUGAGUCAGGUGGCAGGCAUUAAAUUCAAUCGCUCAACGUUUUCAAUGAGGCAUGCCACAUAUGCGACACCAUGCAACUGAAUAGUGUUAAUAUUGCCGGUAGUGCCACUCCAGCUGCUGCCAAGCCGCUGCUCAUGCAAAAUAGUGCAGCGCCAAUCUCAAAAAUUUUCAUUGACGACUUAACGGAGCGUAAACGCUUGUGGCGCAUACCGUGGUUCAUUAUCAUAAUGUGUUGUGUGCAGCUGGCACUUUUUUACAUUGCCAAUGACUGCAUCUAUCAGCGCCUCAUGUUUAUACCCGGACAUCCCUACGAUUAUUGGCGUUACUUCACCUACGCUUUGCUACAUUCUGAUUUCAUACACCUGCUGCUGAAUGUGUCGCUACAGUGCAUGAUUGGCUUUUGUCUGGAGAGCGAGCAGGGCCAUUGGGAAGUAGGCUUCAUUUAUGCUGCUGGCGGACUUUCAGGAUCGUUGGCUACAGCAUAUUCUCAGCCUGAACUGUCGUUGCUGGGCGCGUCGGCCAGUGUUUAUGCCCUACUAGCGAGUCAUGUGCCACAUCUGAUGAAGAAUUACCGCCAAUUGCCGCAUCGUUACCUGCGCAUUGUGUCGCUGUUCAUUCUGUGCCUCAGCGAUGUUGGGUUUACCGCUUUCCAUUACCUGGUUAAUCACAACAUGAACCCUCGUAUUUGUGUGGAGGCACACAUUGCUGGCGGCCUGAUUGGACUUUGUUUUGGUUUUUUACUCUACAGUUCUGUCAAAGGUCAAGGCUUUGUUGCACAAUUUGUAUGAGGCGUGCAAUUACGGAAACUAAAUUGAAUUAGGCUUUGAAAUUAAUGAAGGAGUAACUAUUCAAAUAAAAAUUUGCUUCAAAGCAAGCGAAAAACGUCAAUAAACGAGUUUCCCGCUAGAGACUCACGUUUCGCUCCACAUAACCAAAAUGGAUAAGCAAGAGUUGAUGCACACCGCCGCAUAUUCUUGCAUGUCUGUGACAAAUCGCAUUGACGUCCAACUGAUCAACCGCCUCUG